AUGUGUCUGGUUGCAGAGCGUUUUAUGGAUAACCAGAAGAUGGAAAAUGGUCGUGAGCCAUCUUCGGGAAGCAAUGGGCAUCAUGAAGAAGAAAUCACUGAUAGGAAGGAAACGAGGAAUGAGGUUGAUGGCAUGGAACAGGAAUCGAUGAGUGGCUCUGACGAUGGUUUUGAAACAGAACAUUUUGAUGGUGAUGAUGCCGGUGACGCUGAAUAUGAACUGGACAGAGAGGAGCCAGCUUCUCUCUCUGCACGUGAUUGGAAGCUUAUGCUGAUGAAAGCUGAAUUCGCCGAAGAUUUAUGCGAACAAAUUCGGAAGAUGAAACCUUAUGAAAGGUGCAAACGUACUGGUCGUGUCGUCCCCACUAAAUCUUUCUGCGAUUUGGUGCAGGGUUUUCUCAUGUUUCUCGAUUGUGGCACGAAGAUCACGGUAAAAGUGAUGAAAAAUCUCACUAAGGACGUUUUUUCACGAUGUGAUCUUCUCUUUGAAAUAAGCAGGAUUUUUCCGGACCGAGUGUUGAGCUUCAGUCAAGAUGUCGUCUCAACAUGGUUCAAUGUGUUCCAUUUCAUUAAAUUCGUACCUGAUCCUCGAGUCUCUAUAACUCCAAGAGUUUUCAAUGUUGCUCAUCAUCCGCUGCAAGCACACAAGAAAAAGAAGCUAGUACGAAUGUUUCAAGAAAACUGGAUUGCAUUUCUGAGAUGCGCAAUACCUCCUAAAGUACUCUCCGUGUUGAUACCCUAUGUUACUGAGAAUAUCCUGGAUAAAUUAGAUGAGCCGCACAAGACGGCUGAUUUCUUUUUCAAGGCGUUUGAUAAAGGCGAUAUGUUCGCAAUUCUAUCAUUAGGAGCCAUUUUCAAGUUGAUUGUCGCCCAUAAUUUGUAA